AACAUCAGAAUGUGAAAAUAAAGCAAGCAAGGUGGAGUUCCUUGAAUCGAAUACGGAUAAAAUGCCCACUAAAAAGAGGUUAUAUUCAGUUCAUAUCAUAUCAAAAUAAAUUAGGUGAUUUAUGAACAUUCUAUUUCAACUUUUUGAGUGCUCGUUGACCGAACAGAUCGCUCGUAUCAUUUCGUAAAAAUGUUUUGGAGACCACAUAUAUAGCUAUAUACAGUUUUGUAUUCUCCAAAAGUACGAUUCAUGAUCGAGUGCUCAAAAACUCUUUACUUCACGUAGUGCUUUUUCAAUUUUUUGUUUGAAUAAUACUCAGCUUUACUUAAUUCAUUAUAGAAAUUGGGAAUACAUUGGCGAUUUGUCUAAUAGCGACUUCUCAACUCCAGAGAAGAGAAAGAGGAAUCUUCACAUUUUCUAGGCUUCACUUUAUCAUCUCUGAUGUUGAGUUAUGUCUCCACAAAGGACAAAAAUACGUUUCCUAAGAACAAAAGUGAAACGACAGAAACGCAGAAUCAGCAGGCAAUACUAGCAUCAGUACCUGAAAUAGCAGGACAUAUUUCGAAACGGAUGAUUUUGCAGUAAAUUCAAGGACAUACCCCAAAAGACAACCUUAUCGCCCUGGCCUAGUCCAAAUAACCCUUGGUCACGAAUACAUAUUGACAUUUUGGGACCCAUAAAUGAUAAAAAAUUUUUAGUAGUAAUAGAUUCAUUUACUAAAUGGUUGGAAGUUUUCGAAAUGAAUAAUACUCUAGCUUAUAGUACGAUUUUUAAAUUAAGAAAACUUUUUUCAACUUUUGGUUUACCUGAUACAUUGGUUUCGGAUAAUGGACCCCCAUUUGCGUCCACAGAAUUCAAAUCAUUUUUAUUAAAUAAUGGGAUUAGGCAUUUAACUAUAGCUCCUUACCAUCCUGCUAGUAACGGCGCAGCCGAAAACGCAGUAAAAACAGUAAAACAAGCGUUAAUCAAGGCAAAUUAUGAAAGACAGAACUUAGACAUUUUUUUAUCACGAUUUUUACUUGAUUAUCGCAAUACACAACACAGUAUAACAAAUCAAAGUCCAGCAGAGGCUAUGUUCGGUAGAAGGCUCAAGUGUCGUUUUGACUUAUUAAUGCCCGAAAAAAACUUAAGUAUUGAAAGGUCUCAAGCUAAGCAGAUACAAAAUUACGGUGGAAAACCAAGAGAAUCUGUUUCUGGAGACAAGGUUUUAGUAAAAGAGUACUCCAUACCAAAUAAAUCGACCUGGGAGGAAGGAACCAUAAUAUCUAAAGUAGGAAAUGUAAUGUACGAAGUUGAGUCUUCGAGAGAUGGAAAGAGUAAAAAAAGACAUUCUGAUCAAAUUAAAAAUCAGGUUAUUAUGGGCUCUGAACCAUCUGACGAAAAUUCAACUGAUAGAUUUAAUAACAAACAAGACAAAAUAGAUUUUUCUGUUAAAAACGAGGAAAAUGAAAACGAUAAUAAUAAAGAUAUAGACGCUCUAAUAGAAGAGACGCCUGCUAGAUAUAAUUUAAGACCUCGAAAAAAUGUAUAAUGGUUUCAUUUCUUAUAUUUUGAAUUAUUUUCUUUUCUGAUUUUAUAUAUAGCUAUGUUAUGAAAUCAGUAGUUAAAUAGGGGUAAGGGUGUAACGUUGUGAGUUUAAUUCUUAGGUAGAACAUCUGUUGAUUUCACAUCUGUUGUUAUAACUGAUAAAAUAAAUCAGUUUUAAUCCAAACCUCGUUUGAGAUACAUCCCAGUUACCUAAAUUGUCACAAUUACGAUAAUCCCAAGCUCAUAAAUUCAUGGGGAUAUCCCGGCUAUGCUUCCCCAUCGACGGCUGAACCGAAUAUUCACGUAUAAAAUGUCAUGCUCAUGUUUUGGUGGGACCAGCUCGGCGUAGUGUAUUAUGAGUUAAAACUGACUGAAACAAUCACAGGCAACCGUUAUCGGACGCAAUUAAUACGUUUGAGUCGAGUAUUGAAAUACAUUCGCAAUACAAUGACAGACAUUAUAAAAUGUAUGACAAUGCUCGACCCCAUGUUGCGAAAGUGGUCAAGACAUACUUGGUCAAGACAUACUUGGAAACGUUGAAAUGGGAAUUCUUACUCUCUCGGACUAUCUCUUGUUUCGAUCAGUGGCACACGGCCUGGCUGACCAGCACCGGUCUUAUGAAGAAGUAAAAAAUUGAAUCUAUUCGUGGAUUGCUUCAAAAGAUGACCAGUUUUUCAACGCGUUCUUCGUACGCUGCCCGAGAGG